AUGGGAAGUCCCGACAGCCACCAAACCCUCCACAACAUGGACUCCUCCAGGAUGCACUAUGUGAUGAUUGACCACAGACAGCCAGACCACCAUUACAUGCAGGUUUACAAGACUGAACCGUGCUCCCCCGUACCCGUCCAAUCACACUGCGGCAUUUCAGAGUGCGAGGGCCAGAUGGAGGAGCGGUGUCUGGAGCAGAUGCAGUCCAUGGUAGUGGGAGAGGUCCUCAAAGAUGUGGACACAGCGUGCAAACUGCUCAACAUCACACAAGACCCCAUGAGCUGGAGCUACAUGCAGGUACAGAAGUGGCUGGGGUGGACGGAGCACAUGUACCACCUGCCCCGAGUCAGUACACUGUUCCAGGGCCUGAGUGGACGGGAGCUUUGCUUCAUGUCUGAGGCCCAGUUCAGACAGCACUCGGCUCAGUUUGGAGACAUGCUCUAUGCUCAUCUGGACAUCUGGAGAUCAGGUACAUGGGGAAAGUAUAGCAAAAAAUCUGAUCAUAUGGGUAUUGGAAGCAUUUUACAUACAUGGAUAGAUACAUAUGUGGAAAGCUCGUGUGCAGAAGGGGCAUGCACUUACCCAAACCAGCCCAUCCACCUGUGGCAGUUCCUCAGAGAGCUGCUCCUUAGGCCAAACAACUACAGCCGCUGCAUCCGCUGGCUCAACAAGGAGAAGGGCAUCUUUAAAAUCGAGGACUCGGCUCAUGUGGCGCGGCUUUGGGGCAUGAGGAAGAACCGUCCCGCCAUGAACUACGACAAACUGAGUCGCUCCAUCCGCCAGUACUACAAGAAGGGCAUCAUCAGGAAACCCGACGUGUCCCGCAGGCUCGUCUACCAGUUCGUCAACCCCGUAUGA